AUGAAUGUGAGAGAUUUUGUGCAAAAUGGAACUAGAAAGAAGAUAGGCAAUGGCAAGGCUACAAACAUUUGGGAGGAUAACUGGAUCCCUGGAAAUAAGGAUGGAAAAGUCACAUCUGCAAUGCCUCAGAAUUGCAACAUCAGAAGAGUAGAUGAGCUGAUCAGUGGUUUUAGAUGGAGAAAACCAUUGGUACUUAGAACCUUCAACAGGAAGGAUGCUGACAAAAUCUUGGAUAUUCCUAUAAGUAUCUCAGGAAGGGAAGACAGCAAUUACUGGUUACAUGGUGGCAAUGGCAUCUAUACGGUCAAUUCUGGAUACAAGGCAUUGAGUAGAGAAACAGCUCAACAUAUAGGAAGAAAAGCUGAUGAGGCAGAAACGAGCUCAGCAAACUCCAAUGGAAAGCAAUGGAAGUGGUUGUGGAAGCUGAAAGUCAAAAGCAAGAUAAAACACUUCAUUUGGAGGAGUUUAAAUGGGCUACUUCCAGUUAAUGGUUUGGUGUUUAAUAGAACACACCAUGGAGAUCCAAUAUGUGAUGGCUGUGGAGAACACAAUGAGUUUAUUGAACAUAUGUUUUUUCAAUGCAGCAGAGCUCAAGCAGUAUGGAAGAUGGCCCCAAUACAGUGGGAUGGGUUAACUGAACAGACAGGGAAUUUUAGAGUUUGGUGGACUGCAAUGCUGGAAGUCUCAUAUAGGACAGAGGGCAGGGAGCAUAUAGAGCUUACUACGAAUAUCCUUUGGCAAAUAUGGAAAAGAAGAAAUGAAUGGAAGUUCAAUGCUAAACGAAAGCAUCCUUGGAAAACAGUUAACAAGGGUCAACAGGAAUGGCAAGAGCAAGCCUCAGCUUGGAGUAAGGAAACAAUGAUCCCUGAGGAUGCUGAAAGAGAUGGAGAGGAAGUAGAACCAGUGGACGUACGAAGUGAUGAAAUGCAUAUCAGAAUAUCAACUAGUGUGCAGAAACAGACCAAUAGUGUUGGUACUGGGAUUUUAGCAACUAACUUCAGCCAUCAGGUGGUGUUAGCCUGGGCACUAAUUGAUAGGAAAACAAUGAAUCAGUUGCAGACUAUCGCAGAAGCUGUGAAGAUGGCCAUUAUAAAGGCCAGACAUCAGCAAUGGCAGAAAAUUACAGUCCAUAUCCCCAGCCCACAGCUGCUGAAAGUGAUUACGACAGGGGUGGCUAAGGAUAUCAAAAUGUCUACUUUGGCUGAUGAUAAUAACAACCUCAGAGCUUUGUUCCAGAAAUGCUCUUUUUGUCUAGAUAGGAGAUUAGAUAAAAGAUGUGAUAUGAUUAGUGAUUAUGCCUUAGGCAUAUUUCAAGAUGAGGAAUGGAUCAAUCCUCAGUGUGUCUAA